AUGGAUUCUGGCGUUUGUGGCUUAACAAAUUCAUGUGGAGCUAUGCCAGUAUCAAGCUCCUUUCGCUGGAAAACGUUGCUAUGGCUCAUGAUUGCUACGUUUUGUAUCUUCAUACUUACGGUUUAUAUCUGGAAAUUUGGGGCAUUUCUCCGCCACUUCACUAGGCAUAGGAUUUUGGAUGGGAAUCCAAAGUCCACUCGCUAUGCGAAAACUUGGCACGGUUGGGUGCCUUUGGAUGAUCACGAGACGAAGAGAGCUCGGAGGCAAAAGCGGUUCAAGAAAUUUCGCCGAUCGGUAGCGUGGAAAUCGCCCCAUGCUGAUUAUAACUGGGUGUGGUGGGAUCCAAAGGGGGCUGCGGUAAAGCAGCAUUUCGAGGAUCAAAAAGGGAUUCGCUGGCUACGUCGUUGGCUGAAAAGCCAUGAACACCGAAAAGUAGGCCUGAUCUCAAAAGCCCAUGCUAGGGGCCGGGGAACGGGUGAACCAGACGCAAACAAGAUGCGAAAGCCAGCGGUGCGACAUUCGAUGAAAAUUUCGUCACAGGUUGUGAAGUUUCGGAAGCGCCCACUACGCAGUAGACUACCGUUAUUCUUAGAUGGCCAUAGUGACAACAUGAUCCCAUCAAUCUUAUAUAAUAGUUUCACUCGAGUUUCUGCAAAAAAGGCUCCUCCUUAUCCAGCUUUAAAUUCUCGGACGAGGAGUCGACAAAAACCAAUACUUGAUUUACCGCAUACCGAAUUAAGACGAUGCACCUCGCUAUCUCAUCUUCCUCCAAGUUUGAGCAUUGCUGAUAUAAGGUUCGCACCCGAAGUUCGCAGGAAGGCAGUCUCGGAAGCCCCUCAAGGGAAUGCAAUCCCUUCGACGCCUUUUCCAACACUGUAUGACGCUCGUCUUCGAAAAUUCAUACCCUGUGGCGAAGGGCAAAAUGAUCUCAGUGGUCCUCAAACUGCGGUAACCAUGGAAAAAUCGCUUAGUUGGAAAUAUAAGGCGUGGGCCGCGAAAAUGCAAAUCCAUACUUUUGGGCAAAGCCCCCCUUGCCUUCACGGUCUGAUUGGGCGACCUGGCAGUCCACUAUCCGCUAUCCUGAAGUCUAUGAGCUCUUCGGGCCAUUAUUCCGAGUUUUCGGAUCAUUAUAGCCAUAUGCCAAUGCAUAAACAUGACUGCGGUAUUAACCCUUCUGGACCCUCAACGCUGUCCCAGCUCGCCCCUGGUAUACAACGUAGAGCUCCCCCAAGGGUCCAUGUAUCAGCCGCUUCCGACGCUUCCCUAGACACCGCUUCUGUGGAUGGCAAUAUGGACGGAGGCAGAUCACUUCUUGCCCAAAAUAUAAAUCAAAUCAAAGGACAUGUCCAGCAACAACCAUUAUUAUCUCAGGCAGAAGCCGAAACCUCUGCAAGACGACCGCUUCAUCCCAUGCAGAACAAGGCUAUUUCAUUCCAGCUCCCUAAAUACCCUCAGAACCCAAGGAAGGAACCAUGGCAAAGCACACCGUCUCGAUUGAGUGAUUAUGAAAUCCAGUUAAUCUACGACCUAGAUUGCCGACUCGAAUGGCUCUCAAGUGAAGUUGAGCCUGGUCGCAAGCCGUUCCAUUUUCUGUUGCUCGCCAACCAUUGGCUAAACAGAGCUACCUGGAUUGUUCUGGAUCCUGUUUCGAGAGUUCCACCUGCCGAGCGAAGGACAUAUGGGGACCCCAGGUUCAAUCGCCCCUUCACUGAGCCCCACGGGGAUGCUGUUAAGCAGAAAUAUCCAGUUCAAGGCCUUGUGAAAUUAGAUGCUCCCCGACUAGAUUCAUGGAGAAUGGCGGUUAAUGGAGCAAGGAAAUCGACAGGCGUAAAAGAAUUUUUAAAAUCAGCAGAAUUAUUCGAUGGCUCAGAAGACGAAACCCCAGACGCUGUCUUUGAUCCCGCGAGCUGGAUUCUUCGAAAACCUCCACAGGGAUAUGAACGGUCAAAAAAGCAAGGGGAGGUCUACUAUGAAGGAAUGGGUGGAUGGUGGGAAAAGCUAGAAGACUGGCAGAACGUCUGCCGAGCGUACCGGGCGCGGAAAAUCAUUUGCGAAGGGAGAGCCAAUAGACGGAGAAUAAGGGAGGUGGCAAGGAAAGCUAUUGGACCGUAUCGCAAAGUGGUGAAAAUAUGGAAUCAAGACCCGAGUGCUCAUCUGAAAGCGAAGCGAAGGGAGGAACAACCUGCCGCCAGCGAAAUGAGACAGGUAAUGUCUGGGAGCGGCUCUAUCCCGCGACAGCGCCGUCGUCGGCACGACGAUAGUCACAGGCGGCCAACAAUAGCAGGGUUAGCUUUCGGCACGUCAGGGAACAGUUGCUUGUCUGUUUCGCGAUCUACUGGGGGUUUUUCUGGAGAAUCGGCACACAACCAUCCGCCAAUGGAUGGUUCAUGUGCAGUGGAUGGCAGCUGCAUGUCCGCCGCAGCUGUAGAGACGAUUGGGUCUAUGGACACCCUUCUUCUGUAG